UUCCAUGGCUCCACCAGGUCCUAUGGGCACUUGCCGAUUCCGGGGGUUGAGAAACCGAGUCUUUCUGUACCUGGGUCGCCUGUGUCGAAAAUGAAAUCCAUGCGUCCAUGUUGAGAGUGAAAGAGAGAGGGAGAGAUACAGACGUGACCAGAGACGUGGUCUGCUUCAGCUUCACACACACAUCCCGGCUUUGUUCUCUGCAUUUAACAAGUACUUGUUUCUUGAUUCGCUCUCUCGCUCUCUCUCCAAAUCACUGGCUAAGACGGAGGAGAUGUGAUGGGAAGGCGGAGAACAGGAUAACGGAGGGAGGGUGAGGAAGCUUGUUCUCAAGGUGGGCAUUGCGGAACACUUAGCUUGGAUUGGCGGCGGAGGAGGAUUUUCUUGUGCAUUCCUCUUCUGUUCGCCCCAUGGCGGUUGCUGGUGGUUCCGACCUCCUCCGGUCGACGCCCCUCAUUUAUUCGCUACUCUUCUCGGCCUCCACCAGCCACUUGAGGACGGCGUCCAGGUUUGGUAGACAAGUGGAAUUCCCGAGGGGUAUGAAGGGGAGGGGCGGGUGCAGAAGCAGAGUGGUCGUCGUCUUCUCCUCCCAUUCCAACCACCGGAUUCUUAAAAACAAUCGGAAAUCCCGAAGUGGGUAUCAGCUCUACGCCUCCGACGACGAUGAGAGUGAAGAUGGUAAAGGUUUCUCGGAUGCUUCGGGCGAUGAACCUCUUCAAAGUAGCGAAAAUGAUGUUAAUUCUAGUGCUAGUUCUACAUCAAUGGGUCUUGAUUCCAGGAAGGACCUUCGUCAAGGCAUUUGGAGGCCUUCACUUCCAGAUCGGAAUAGCAAAUGCGGGACAUUAAUAAAUACCAAUACCAGUUCAACUUACAUUAGAGAGGUUAAACAGGACAGAAACAUCCCGGAUAAGAUAAAUACCAGAGAUGCUUCUAUAAUGGCGAGAUAUCAAAGGGCAGGGUCUGCAUGCAAAAACAGUAUCAGAAAGGAUCAGCUUGGUACCAUGACAGAAAGCAAACUCCUUCAAAUGUUGGAGGAAUUGGAUUUUGAUGAAAAAUGGUUUCCCUUGAUUCAGUACUUGAGCACAUUUGGUUUAAAAGAGUCCCACUUCGUCCAAAUAUAUGAAAGGCACAUGCCCAGUCUCCAGAUAAAUGUUGCUUCUGCACGUGAAAGACUAGAAUACUUGUUGAGUGUUGGUGUCAAGCAGAGGGAUGUUGCUAAGAUAAUUCUGAGGCAGCCUCAGGUUUUGGAGUACACCAUUGACAAUAUUCUGAAGCCGCAUGUUGUAUUUUUGACAGACAUUGGUGUGCCUGAUUCUAAAGUUGGGCAGGUAAUUGCUGCUGCUCCAUCUCUACUUUCUUAUAGCAUAGAGCAUUCAUUAAAGCCAACAGUCAAGUAUCUGGUUGAGGAGGUUGGUCUUAGCCAGGAAGAUUUGGGCAAAGUUGUUCAGUUGAGCCCACAGAUUCUGGUUCAAAAAAUAGACAACUCCUGGCGAUCCCGAUUCUCUUUUCUCUCCAGGGAACUGGGGGCAUCAAAACAAUGCAUAGCGAAAAUGGUAAAAAAGCAUCCACAGCUUCUUCACUACAGCAUUGAAGAUGGAAUUUUGCCAAGAAUCAACUUCUUGAGGAGCAUCGGAAUGCGAAAUCCGGAAAUCCUGAAAAUGUUGACCAGUAUUACUCAGGUUCUCUCCCUUUCACUGGAAAACAAUUUAAGACCAAAAUACUUGUACUUAGUUAAUGAACUCCAGAAUGAGGUCCGUUCCUUGUCAAAAUAUCCCACGUACUUCAGUCUAUCACUUGAGCAAAGAAUUCGGCCUCGUCACAAGUUCUUGGUUUCAUUGAAGAAGGCGCCAAAAGGGCCAUUUCCUUUGAGUUCAUUCGUUCUUACUGACGAAAGUUUUUGUCAGAGAAUGGCUGGAACAAGUUUAGACAAGUAUCUAGAGUUCAGACAGUCCUUACUACUCACAGAUUUUGCAAAGAAGUACCAGCAGACUCGUAGAAAUCAAUGACAAGCUGUGAUCAUAGUGCUUAUUGAAGCUGCAGGCAUUUGUGGAUUCUAUAAGAUGAGUCGCCAAGUGGCGGGAUAUGCCCUGAAGGUUGAUAUGAGGAUCCUGCUUGUUAUCUGGAUCAGUACUUCUUGCCUAACAUGGCGUUUCUACUUCCUAUCUAACAAAGGCACGUUUUGGCAUCUGUCAAGUUGAUUGAAGCAUUGAGAUUUACGGCAAGUUUCCUUGAUGCAGUUGACGGACAACCCCCUACCCCCCUUCGCUACAUAUAUGCGAAAUUUUGUAGUUCAGUGAUGCCGGUAGAAGUGGUUUCUAGGUGAAAGACUAGAUAGAUUAUGAACCCUUGAGAGCCCUUUUUGUUAGUUUUGACUCUCUUGUAUAAUGGUUUUGUAUUUAGUUUGUGUUGAUGUACUUGCUGAAAUCUGAUUCACAAUGUAAAAAUUGCUUCUCUUCUGAAGCUGUUCUUAUAUCUGUCAACCACUUUCAGGACAUAUUUCACAGUGAUGAAAUGUAUAUGUUAACGUAAUGUGUCUUGUUCGAACUUAGAACCAAUAAAGUUGUCUUUGAUUUGUAUUCUGCA